AUGAACCUUGGUCAAACGAGGCGCCGAGGCAGGGAGAGAUGGACGACCGUUCUCGGGAUCGCCAGGUCGGCUAGUCGACGGGUGAGCGUGCCUGGGGUACGACGCGAUGGGAAAGGCGUCGGCAGCGAUGCGGGGAGCAACGACAACGAGGGGCGACUGCGUAGAGAGGACACGAAGCGAGACGAAGAGGAGGACUUGAGCAGCGGCUCGUCGGGUGCGGUUGGUGUUGAGACUCGCGGAAGAGUGUUCGAACGAGGUGCUUGA